UUACAGGAGAGAGAGGAAGAGGACCAUGACCUCUCGCCGGUCAACACGGAGCUUCCAACUCCGCUUACCGUCAUGUCUCGUGUGUUGUUCCUGCUGGGUGACAUAGCGGCAGGUCCGGCUUACCGAUUCACUCAAUGGCUGGAGUCAGUUCGCGAACGCAGUGGGAGAUACCCCUCUUCUAGCUUUUCCAGCCACCCUUCUAAACUUGAAACUAUGCCAUCAAGUGCAGGGGAGUCAGUUAUUGACUCCAGAAGUUCACUGCCUUGCCUUCAAGGUCCAGAUAUCAAUUUGGGAGAAAGACUUGGAAAGGCUGUCAUGCUGGACAUUGAAUCAAGUGAAUUUUCUUGGGACAUGCUUGCUUCAUUACACCAUACUGAACACAGUAGUAGUACAGAACAAUCUGAGGAUGAAAUGAAUAAAGCUCUUGAGGUUACUGUGAAUUCUGGGGGCGUUGUUUUCAUUGCUCUAUUCAACAGACCUUAUAAUGAGGAGUUGCCCACAAAAGAAGAGGCAGCAGUUAUUAAGAUAUCCUCUUCAAGGAUGGCAACACAGUCAGAACGCCUCGGUUAUGAAUUUGCUAAAUGGCUAGGAGUCCGCACUCCACAAGCAAGAGUCAUUCAUAAUUCUAGCCCAGAAUGGCAGCGGAUCAAGGAUGCAGCAGAAAAAGCAAGGGAUGUGGCAUUAUCAGACAGAGACGAAGUUGGUCAAGUUACAUGUUCAGAGCUGUUGGAAGCUCUUGAAUUGAGCCGGUGCCUUCUUCUGAUGAAUUAUGUUCAUGGAUCUCCUCUGCUUGAAAGCUUGGAUGCGUUUGAUUCACAGGAAGCUGCUGAAAGAACAGCAGCAGCACUUGGCGGGAUCUUGAUGUUGGACCUUGUCAUCAGAAAUGAAGAUAGGCUCCCUUGCCGUGAGCUCAGGUGGCGGGGAAAUUCUGCAAAUUUACUAUUUACUGACAGGGAGACUUUUUCAAAUCUAGAUGCAUGGGAGGAAGCCUUUGAUUCUGCAAACCGUCGGUACAGGCCAAGGGUAAUCAGGGCUCUUCAGAAAGAAAGAAGGGUCAAAUCAGCAGAUAUCAAAUUAAGCCCUCAUAAUCAUGAAUUAAUAUCUCAAAGUUCAGAUGUUUCUGAUCUUGUGGACUCACCAAAUUCCAGCAACAUGAGCCUAAGAAGCCAGAUAUUUGCUGAAGCAAAGGUCAGUGAUCUGCAUAUAGUUGCAAUUGAUUCUGGCAUUCCUCGCAGACCUCCUGCUGGUAAACGUGCAAACGACCAAGCAAACUAUCCUAAGCUAGUUGAGCUUUUUCUCAAUAGUACAGAGUACUCCUCUAGCCUCCUAUUUGAUAUAACAGGAGGAAAACUCGGAUCUCCUUCAUCAGACAAGGCUGAUGCACCUAGGGAUUCAUCUUACUCUGACCACACUACAAUUGUCCACGAAUUCCGGAGAGGGUUUCGUGCAUCUCUCAGGGACCUGCAGGGAUUCCAUAUAUUCCUUCUCACACUUCAUCAAAAAUUGGAUGGCUUGUUGCGAGCUUUUUUAGCUAUUAUGAAUAAAAGUUCAUCGGGAGAGUUUGAUAGGGAUGAUUCAGGGGUUCCUGAGUCCCUUGGAAAUAAGGAACAGGUUACUAAUGAAAUGCCUGCAGAUUUAAGUGAUUCGGAAUCACAGAGAACAGCUCUGAGGAUAUCUCCUUCUGGAUAUAAAGAAAGCGACUGUGCUUCUCCCUUCUCACGGGAAGGCUGGCAUGGGAAGUUCUGCAAAGGUGCAGACCCUCUUCGUAGCUUGCGCCUGACUGUGAAACUUCGUGACUUUAAUAAAUUUGCUAAGUUUGACGCAGAAUUGAAUAAAGAAUUGGAACACUGGAAUGAAUUGCUCAGAACAGAUGCUGUUAAAUUGUGUCAGGACAACAAUUUUAAUACAGGGUUUUUUGAGGGGAGUGAUGCUAAUAGUGUUGUUGAUGCUUAUGAGUUAAAGGUCAGACUGGAGCACAUCCUCGAAAGAAUAACAAUGAUUUCUGAUGCUGCCAACACAGAGAAGCCAUCUUCAAUCACUUAUAGCCUGUUUAUUGGUGGAGCUUUGGCUGCAAGAUCUGUAUAUACACUACAACAUUUGGGCAUUACACAUAUACUUUGCUUGUGCUCAAAUGAAAUUGGACAAUCAGAUUCUCAAUUUCCUGACCUUUUUGAAUACAAUAAUUUCUCUAUCAAUGAUAAUGAGGAUACAAAUAUCAGCAGUAUCUUUGAAGAAGCUUCUGAUUUUAUUGAUCAUGUGGAGCAGUCAGGUGGGAGGGUUCUGGUUCACUGUUUUGAAGGGAAAAGUAGAAGCGCCGCAGUGGUUCUUGCUUAUUUAAUGCUGAGGAAGAACUUUACUCUUUUAGAAGCAUGGAAUCUCCUGAAAAGGGCUCACCGACGAGCCCAGCCAAAUGAUGGUUUUGCAAAGAUGCUUUUGGAUCUGGAUAAGAAACUACAUGGGAAGGUUUCCAUGGAAUGGCAGCGGCGAAGACCGAUGAUGAAGGUGUGCUCAAUCUGUGGGAAGAAUGUGGGCCUUAGUCGCUCCUCACUUAAGCUUCAUCUGCAGAAGGCACACAGGAAGAUCUCCUCAGGGAGUGUGGAUAGUGCUAUGACAAUGGAAAUACAGAAGGUAUUGAGCACACUCAAAUUGAGCGGGAGUGUCAGCCCAACUCAGAAGCAGUCCCAUUCAAUGGUUGAUGGACUUGAUUAAUAACUUGGUUGAUUUCAAUUUGAGAUUCUUAAUGCUAGAUGAUGUUUCUGGCUGCUGCUUGGACA